AUGCAGCAGAUGUGGGGCCCCAGCAAGGCUGAGGGGCCCCCAAUAAGACCCAAGGAAACUCAACAAGCCGCAGCAAACCUCAAGCAGCAGCAACUGCAGCAACUGCAGCAACUGCAGCAACUGCAGCUACUGCAGCAACUGCAGCAGCAGAAGUUCAGGCGCAUGCGCUGCAAGACAACAGCUUUUCACCUUUUCCUUUUCUUUAUUGUGCUUCUCUCGCGGCUCUGUCUGGGUGUAGGCUUUCUGCGGGCCCCUGCAGGGGCCCCCUGCAGCAUUUGCUUCUCUACAGCUACUGCUGCUGCUGCUGCUGCUGCUGCUGCUGCUGGGGGAGUCGUUCAUAAGGGGAAGAUUGUUGUCAGCAUUAACUCUUUAAACCCAAGACAUCAGCAGUCUGCUGCAGCAGAGGAGUACCUGCGGCUGCGCAACACCUUUAGUAAUCUGUCGGAGUCUAGCGGGGGGCAGCAGCUGCUGCAGCAGCAGGAGCAGCUGCUGCUGCAGCAGCGCGAAUCUGGCGCUGCUGCUGCUGCUGCUGCGGCUGCUGAGUACAGAAGGAUAAAAGAGAAGAGACAGCAAGCACACAGACAGCCGAGAAAGAAAGAGAUUAAAUUGAGUGCGCGCAUAGCAGAGGGAGAUCUGCAGCAGAAAGCCAAGAGAGCAAGAGACUUCUUGAAGGACAAGCACCAAGUGAAGUUCUCGCUGCAGCUUCGAGGGCGAGAGAAGCAAAACCCCCAGACAUACCUCCCGCUGCUGCAGCAACUGCAGCAGCUGCUGCAGGACGUAGGGCAGCCAGCAGCACCACCGCAGGCUAAGGGCCCCACAUCUGUCCUUACUCUCUUUCUUCAACCCAAGAAAAAACAGAACAAAGCUAAACUACAGCAGCAAGAGCAGCAGCAGCAGCAGCAAGAGCAGCAGCACGAGGAGCAGCAACUGCAGCAGCAAGAGCAGCACCAAGAGCAGAACCAGCUGUAG